ACUUGUGAGGCCGGUGUCGUUCACUUACAUCCGUGUGUGUUUCCUGUCCCUCUUCAGGUGUAUUUCAUCUAUGAUGAAGAGGUCGAGGAGGAGGAGAAAGAGGAGCCUCCGCCUCCAGAGCUGGUCCGACCCGUGAACGACAGGCCGCACAAGUUUAAAGACCACUACUGCAAGAAGCCCAAGUUCUGCGACGUCUGCGCGCGGAUGAUCGUCCUCAAUAAUAAAUUUGCUCUGAGGUGCAAAAACUGUAAGACCAACAUCCAUCAUCAGUGUCGGAGCUACGUGGAGCUUCAGAGGUGCUUCGGCAAAAUCCCUCCAGGUUUCAGACGUGCGUACAGUUCUCCGCUCUACAGCAGUCAGCAGAACGCCACCAUUAAAGAGCUGCUUCCGUUCUCUCAGACGAACCGCACUGAUCCGGUGUACGAGACGCUGCGCAUCGGUGUCAUCAUGGCCAACAAGGAGCGGAAGAAAGCGUCAGAAGACAAGAAGAACAUGAUGAUGAUGAUGAUGGAGGAAGAGGAGACACAACCGAAAGCAGAAGAAGGUGAUGAUGAAGGAGCAAAUCAAGAAGAAAAGAAAGACAAAGCAGCAGCAGACGACAAGAGUAAGAAGCUCCAGCCGGGUAAACUGGGCGUCUUCUCUCAGUCUCAUUAUUAUCUCGCCCUGUAUCGCUUCAAAGCCAUAGAGAAGGACGACCUAGACGUGCAUCCAGGAGAUCGAAUCACUGUGAUCGAUGAUUCUAACGAGGAGUGGUGGAGAGGUAAGAUUGGGGAUCGAUCAGGGUUUGUUCCAGCCAACUACAUCAUCCGUGUGCGAUCAGGAGAGAGAGUUUACAAAGUGACGCGCUCCUUCGUGGGAAACAGAGAAAUGGGACAAAUAACGCUGAAAAAAGACCAGAUUGUGGUUAAGAAGGGUGACGAGGUGAACGGAUAUCUGAAGGUCAGCACAGGACGCAAGCUCGGCUUCUUCCCUGCCGACAUCUUACAGGAGAUCUGAGUGUGUGUGUGUGUGUGUGUGUUUACAUGGCAUACAAUGUUUCUUGAGUAGCAAAUCAUCAUAUUAGAAUGAUUUCUGAAGGAUCAUGUGACACUGAAGACUGGAGUAAUGAUGCUGAAAAUUCAGCUUUGAUCACAGGAAUAAAUUACACUUUACUAUAUAUUCACAUAGAAAACAGCUGAUUUACAUUGGAAUAAUAUUUCACAAUUUUUACUGUAUUUUUGAUCAAAUAAAAAUACUAUAUUUCUGGUUUAGUGUUAAUGAUCUGAUGAGACUGUGGCGUAAAUAAAAUAGACGCCUCCUCUCUGUCAGUCUGUCUCCUGUCAGCGUGGUGCUCGUGUCAGUCGUGCUGUAGUGGCGAGGGCUCUCUGUGUGCCGCUGUGCAGCUGUCAGCGAGGCUGGCACUCGUACCCGCUAAGCUUCAGCGCUCGCAUGAUCGGCCAACAGCAGCCCCCGUCAGAUACGGGUCACUUCCUGUUGAUGGCAGACGUCACGGCGCUGAGGACAGGGGCGGCGUGACAUCAGAUUGGCCGUGUUAUAGUUCACUUCUGACCUCUGUCAACCGCAGACGUCUCAUGAAGCUCAAACAGAGGAAUACAGAGGAGACGGAGACGCUCAGAUCAUCUGCUGGUGUAGAUAGAUAUGAUCACCAAAUAUUCUAGAGAUCAUUCACUUCUGAUCAGUUCUAAAACUUUGUUAUAGCUGAUGAGUUGAUAGAUAGAUAGAUAGAUAGAUAGAUAGACUGACAGACAGACAGAUAGACAGACAGACAGAUAGAUAGAUAGAUAGAUAGAUAGAUAGAUAGAUAGAUAGAUAGACAGACAGACAGACAGACAGAUAGAUAGACAGACAGACAGACAGACAGACAG